GUUUCCGCAGAAAAAAAGUGUGGUAUUCCGCCAAUUCCACUUCCACAGCAACCACCACCAGAGACUCUGAGAGAGAGAGAGAAGUUGAAGAAGAUGAACGGCAUAAUGAGGAACAAGGUACAGAGGAAGUUCAAGAUGAGAGGUUACACCCUCAAGGUCGAAGCCCUAACCGAGAUCCUCUCUUUCCUUAGCCGUUUCCAAGACGCCGAAGACGAAGCCCUAGAUCUCCUCCUCGACGAGCUUCAACACCAAUCCCUGAAAUCUUCAAUACUGGACAAAGAACCUGUUCAUCGGGUGGUGAGCCUUCUAUUGGAAGCCGAAGCGGCCGCCGUUGAGGAAGGGCCUCAUAGUAGUGAUACCAGCAGAUCUGCUCUCCGUAUAAUUGACGUCUUUGACAUUCCAAAGUUCCAAUAUGAUCAUGUUAAAAAAAUCUUCUAUGAACAUAAAGGGGGGCUUCCAAUUCAUGGCGAUGCUUCUGCUAAAGCCACCUUGUAUAGGGACAGAUUUCUGUUGUUGCUUCAGAGGCUUUCUCGUGACCCACAUUUUGCUAGGCUUGCAUUUGACACUGACAUUUCUCAAUUUGGGAGCUGCGAGAUAUCCCAAAUUCAAUCCCUGGUGGGGUGUACGGGGAGGAGGUGGGUGAUGGGAGUAAUAUCACAAUUCGAAGAUGGUCAUUUCUACUUGGAGGAUCUUACUGCAGCUGUUGAAAUCAAUUUGUCUAAUGCAAUAUCCUUCGCUCUAUGA